AUGGUUUAUAUCAGAAGACCAAGAGGCAUAAGGUAUGAUGAAAAAUUUCUAAAUCUUACUAUUAAACAUAGAGGAGGGAAUUUAAUGUUAUGGGGUUGCUUCUCAUACAACGGUGUUGGAAAAAUAGAAGUGGUUAAAGGUAAUAUGAUAGCUAUGUCAUAUACUCAAAUUUUAAACAAAAAUUUAUUUGCAUCUGUUAAAAAAUUGAACAUGGGUGAUGGUUUUAUCUUUCAACAAGAUAAUGACCCAAAACAUAAAGCUUCUUUAAACAAUGAUUUCUUUGAAAAAAAAGAGAUAAAACCUCUAGAAUGGCCUGCACAAAGUCUGGACAUGAAUCCAAUAGAAAAUUCAUAG